GAAUGCAGCUCAUACUUUGAAACAGUAGAUCGUCAACCUUCGGUAGAUCAUCUCGAAUAUAUACAUUAUUCAAUAGCCGAUCGGCGCGGUCUUCUAAGAACGAAACGUCACUAACGUCAUCAAUAUGUUAUUUUACUUUUUGCUAACAAUAAUUGCUGCAUCACCGUUUCUCAUCGCUGCGUUCCCACAAGCAGAUUUUGUCUUUGACGGACCAGUCGCCACACCGCCUAAUGGACAAAGAACUACAUCAACAUUCACAACGACUGUGACAUCUAGGAACGAAAAUAGUAUUACGACUACGACUUCUCAGUCCGUGAAUCAAUACAAUGCGUGCAUCACUUCUUGUCCGGUGACAAAUGAAUACAAUCCUGUUUGCGGUACGGACAAUGUUGAUUAUACCAAUCCAGGAGGAGUAGGAUGUGCGCAAAUAUGUGGAAAAGAAGUGACAUUGCAAUAUUAUGGGCGCUGUUCAACAAGAACGAGUGGAUAAUUUACAAUCGUCAUUAAACGAUGCAAAAAAUAAAAAAAAUAUUCUAAUGAGAAUAAAAGAUUAAUAUGUAGAAAAUAUACAUAUUUACAUAC